AUGGAAAAGAGCAUCUGCUAUCGGCAACGAAGGAGAAAAGAAGUCGUCUACGACGAUUGCGUACUCGAGGACUGCUUGUCCCAAGGUGACUGGCACAUCGAGGAGGACCCAAACGUGGACUACGCGAUGCUGCUCAGAGGAUUACGUGCCUGUGCUGAACGUGCCUCGAAGCCCCGCACGACAAACUUGGAUCGAAUUUCGAAGACCACUAAGGAAUUGUUGGAAAGAAGAAGGGUUUUGAGGCUUGAUCCGAAUGCGUCGCACAUUGAGCGGUUAGUAGCAAACACUAGCUGUAGAAAAGCGUUGCAGGAGGAUCUUUUGAAGUACAGGCAAAAGAAGAUUCUAGAAGCAGCACAAAGAAGAACGAGUCUAAAGAAGUGCCGCAGGGAUCUCCGCAAAUAUAAUAUUCUGCUAGCAACCUUGCUGAGACGGGACUCGCACGUCUUCUCGUCGUGA